GCUCUCGGGGCUCUCCGGUACCGGGGCCGGUGCGCAGCGCCAUGGUCCCGGCGGGGCCGCCCCGCUCCUGCCUCCUGCUGACGGCAGCGCUGCUGCCGCUGCUGCCGGUACCGGCACCGGGGGCGGCCCCGGGCCCCCCCGCGCUCUCCGACGCCGAGAUCGAGGAGUUUCUGCGGGGCUUCCUCGGACCCGGGGACGGCGGGGACCGGGACGGGGACGGUACUGAGCUGGGCUUCGGUACCGACCUCGGCAUCGGCACCGGCACCGGCACCGGCACCGGCACGGGCGCUCCGGGGCCGCUGCCGGAGCCUGAGAAACCCAGGAAGGGGAAGAAGGAAAAGCCCCCCAAGAAGCCCAAGGAGAGACCCCGGGGCCCCAAGAAGGACAAGGUCAAGGACAAGGACCGGGGCAAGAACAAACCCCCCAAGAAACCCAAGGAGAAGCCACCCAAAGGCUCUGAAAACCCACCAAAAGGCUCAGGAAAAACCCCAAAAGGCUCAGAAAAGGCCCCAAAAGGCUCCAAAAAGCCCAAGGAGAAGCCACCCAAGGCCACCAAACCCUCUGGCAAGAAGCCACCAGUGCCACCAAGCCCCCCCACUAUCCAACAGCCCUCCCAGGGCAAGGAGGAUGAAGAGACACCCGAGUUCCUGGAGCCUUCUCACAAGGAGGAGGAGGAGGAGGAUGGAGGUGUCCGAGGAGAGCUGGAGGAGCCCCCAAAUGAGCGCUGGGGGCUGGGCCGGGAGGACUGGGACCCUGAGCCCCAGCCAGAGGAGCCGGAGCCCCCGACCCUGGACUACAACGAGCAGCUGGAGCGGGAGGACUACGAGGACUUCGAGUUCAUCCGGAGGCAGCAGAAGCCCCCCAAGCCCCCGGGCAGGAGGAGACCUGAGCGGGUGUGGCCCCAGCCCGAGGAGACACCAGGGCCCGAGGAGCCCCCACCACAGCCCCCCCUGCAGCCCCCCCCGCAGCCCCCCCCGCAGCCCCCCCUGCCCGGCCCGGUGACCGAGGGCGACUACGGCGAGGGCUUCGAGCCCCCGGACUACGAUGACUGGUCCUACGGGCUGCCACCCCCCCCCAAGCCCCACGAGCACCCGGACAAAGAGGACGGGAUCGAGACGGACGAGGAGAAAAUCAGAGCCUCAUCAGUGGCACGUUCCUGGGGUGGGUGGCAUGUUCCUGGGACUGGUGUCACCUCACCAACAGCGAAGCCCAAGAAAGAGGAAGAGGAGGAGGAGGAGCGCUGGGCGGAGGAGAAGGGCCAGGACCGCAAAGGAAAACCCAAAAAACCAGGAGGGAAGAAGUGGGAUCCAGAUGAGGAGGAAUGGGCCCCUCCAGCAGAGAAGAAAAGGUGUCCCCCCAUCGGGCUGGAGUCCCACCGCAUCGAGGACGACCAGAUCCUGGCCUCCUCCAUGCUGCGCCACGGGCUGGGAGCCCAGCGCGGCCGCCUCAACAUGCAGGCGGGCACCAACGAGGAGGAUUUCUUCGAUGGCGCCUGGUGCGCCGAGGACGACAGCCGCGCGCACUGGCUCGAGGUGGACACGCGCCGCGUCACCCUGUUCACCGGGGUCAUCACCCAGGGCCGCGACUCCCAGAUCCACGAUGACUUUGUCACCAGCUUCUACGUGGGCUUCAGCAACGACAGCCAGCACUGGGUGAUGUACAGCAACGGCUACGAGGAGAUGAUGUUUUAUGGCAAUGUGGACAAGGACACGCCGGUGCUGAGCGAGUUCCCCGAGCCAGUGGUGGCCCGUUACAUCCGCAUCUACCCCCAGCGCUGGAACGGGAGCCUCUGCCUGCGCCUUGAGGUCCUGGGGUGUCCCCUCUCUGCUGUCAGCAGCUACUACACCCAGCAGAAUGAGGUGACCUCCACGGACAACCUGGACUUCCGACACCACUCCUACAAGGACAUGAGGCAGCUGAUGAAGGUGGUGAAUGAGGAGUGUCCCACCAUCACCCGCAUCUACAACAUUGGCAAGAGCUCACGGGGGCUGAAGAUCUACGCCAUGGAGGUCUCCGACAACCCGGGCGAGCACGAGACGGGUGAGCCCGAGUUCCGCUACACGGCGGGGCUGCACGGGAACGAGGCGCUGGGCCGGGAGCUGCUGCUGCUGCUGAUGCAGUUCCUGUGCAAGGAGUACCAGGACGGGAAUCCCCGCGUGCGGGGCCUGGUCAGCGACACCCGCAUCCACCUGGUCCCCUCCCUCAACCCCGACGGCUACGAGCUGGCCCACGAGGCGGGCUCUGAACUGGGCAACUGGGCACUGGGCCACUGGACAGAGGAAGGCUUUGACCUCUUUGAGAACUUCCCUGACCUGGCCUCGGCACUGUGGGCAGCCGAGGAGAGGCGGCUGGUGCCCCACCAGUUCCCCAACCACCACAUCCCCGUCCCGGAGCACUACCUGUCUGAGGAUGCGGCGGUGGCAGUGGAGACACGGGCUGUCAUGGCGUGGAUGGACAAGAACCCCUUUGUGCUGGGAGCCAACCUGCAGGGUGGGGAGAAGCUGGUGUCCUUCCCCUUCGACACGGCCCGGCCCAGCCCCCCGACGCCAGCGGCUGCCCCUCGCCCGCUGGACUAUGAGGACGAGCGCCCCGAGCUGCAGGAGACCCCCGACCACGCCGUGUUCCGCUGGCUCGCCAUCUCCUACGCCUCGGCACACCUGAGCAUGGCCGAGACCUUCCGCGGGGGCUGCCACGCGCAGGACGUCACCGACGCCAUGGGCAUCGUGCAGGGCGCCAAGUGGCGUCCCCGGGCUGGCAGUAUGAAUGACUUCAGCUACCUGCACACCAACUGCCUGGAGCUCUCCAUUUACCUGGGCUGUGACAAGUUCCCCCACGAGAGUGAGCUGCAGCAGGAGUGGGAGAACAACAAGGAGUCUCUGCUCACCUUCAUGGAGCAGAUCCACCGGGGAAUCAAGGGUGUGGUGACAGACCAGCAGGGAGAGCCCAUCGCCAACGCCACCAUUGUGGUGGGGGGCAUCAACCACAACGUCAGGACAGCCAGCGGCGGGGACUACUGGCGCAUCCUGAACCCGGGCGAGUACCGCGUGUCGGCGCGGGCCGAGGGCUACAACCCCAGCGUCAAGACCUGCCACGUCCUCUACGACAUCGGGGCCACCCAGUGCAACUUCGUCCUGUCCCGCUCCAACUGGAAGCGCAUCCGGGAGAUCAUGGCCAUGAACGGGAACCGGCCGAUCCGCCGCGUGGUGCCGGGCCGGCCCAUGACGCCCCGCGAGCGGCUGCGCCUGCGGCUGCGCCUGCGGCACCGCAUGCGGCUGCGGGAGCAGCUGCGGCUGCGGCGCCUCAACGCCACCACCACCGGCAGCCCCACGGCCCCGCCGCCCAGCACGGCCCUGCCCUUCCCCUUCAGCAGCACGGCCUACACGCCCUGGAGCCAGGAGCCACCCACUGCCGGCACCUGGGAGAUGGACACCGAGACAGAGGUGGUCACCGAGCUGGUGACAGAGACGGAGGGCUGGGAGUCGCACACGGGCACGGCGCAGCCGCUCACCACGGCCGAAACCUACACCGUGAACUUUGGGGACUAGGGACACGGGACCCCUCACUCUGCUUCAAGCCACGGUCGGACGCUUUGGCAUCCGCCUCCAACACCUUCCCUGAGCCCAGGCAGCUGUUCCAGGUGGGCUCCAGCCCCUCAUCUUGCUGCUUCCAAGGACUGCAGGCAUUGUCACCAACAGAUGGGUGCUGUCAGGGACAUGCUACCCCAUCCCUCAGAGCCAGGCAGGGCCAGCCCACUGUCUGUGUCCCAGCGGGGUGGCAGGGGUGGUACUGCUCUCCUGGGCAGGGCCCAUGGAGGCGGGCACAGCCUUCCUCCCCUCCAUACAGUUUUUGUUACACAAAUAAAUCAAGUUAUAUUGGUAUGAA